AUGGCCAACCAGACCAACGUCUCCACCCUGUACAACAGCUACGAAUACUACCUGGACUACUUGGACCUCAUUCCCGUGGAUGAGAGGAAGCUGAAAGCCAACAAAUAUUUGAUUGUCAUCACCUUCUGGGCGAGCCUGGCAUUCUUCGUCAUGCUUCUCUUCCUCAUCCUGCUCUACAUGUCCUGGUCAGGCUCCUCACAGGCGAGGAACAACGCCCAGCACCACCCAACAUGCCCCUGGAGUAAGAGCCCCCACCUCCCCCUCUGCUUCUGGAGGCACCCCACAGGCUCCACUGAGCUCGGGCAAAGAGCCAGGCAGCAGAGCAUGCAGCCCUGA